CACACACAAUCCAUAAGACCCCCUCCCGAAAAAAUAUAUAUAUAUAUAUAUUCCUUCUAUAUUACUACUACUACUUCCUCCUCACAAAAUGGACGAUGAAUUGGCAAAAAGUGAUAUCAAACAUUCACAGUUCCAUAAUUUACUCAUUCGUCCGAAUAUCGGAGAAUUCCUGGGAGCUGUUAUUUUCUCGUUUUUAGCGUGCUUUGCGGGACAAUAUCAACGCUCCAAUGACCUAGUCUACCCAUUUCUCUCGGCAUUCUCACUAUACAUUGCUAGAUGUCUAGUUAGUCAUCUUACGCCUGCACAUUUAAAUCCUGCAAUAUCGCUACUUCAAUGGUUACGAAACGAGAUUCCAUUAGUGUUACUAAUAACAUUCUGUUUCGUUCAACUCAUUGGAUUCCUAUUCGGUGUUACUCUAUUUCGAGCAUUGGUUACACAAACUGAAUUCAACGACUAUAUAGUUAUGUACGAGAUUGUCGCCGUCGAUGGAACUAGGAAAAUCAAUAGGUUACAGGCAUUCCUAUUGGAAGUGGUAUUAUCUAUGAUAUUCUUCAUGGCAAAUGCACUGGAAGACCGUCAGGAGCCUACUGUAGCCGCUACAUGGGGAUUCAUCCAAUUCGUAUCGUACCCCCUCUAUGGCUUCACUUCAAAUAUUUCCUUGCUUCUGGUCACAUCAACAGUAUCCUACAUCUUUUCCCCGUUAACAACUCCAUCAUUUUUACUACUGUAUCUCAAUGUAUUCGCAUCAUUGCUCGCCGUUAUGCUUGCCUGGUGUAUUGAUAUAAUAUCUCGUCCGAGCCCUGCAGCUAUUGGAGAAUAAUUUUCAGUUUCUUUUUUUUCAAAUUUUCAAAUUUUCAAAACAAUUAAAAUAAAUGAAGUGAUAUUAAAAA